AUGUCGACUGGCGUGCGCGAAGUGCAGGAGGGACGAGCCGCAGCCUCGUCAUCCUCCAACGACGGCGACAAUGUGAUCCAGUACCAUCACGUCGACAGGCCGGCAGAGGCAGCGUCGGGCUCGGACCCAUCCGCGCUCGAAGCGCAAAAGGAGACGACCCUGCAGGUAGACACGGAGCAGGCGCAUUCGGCCUUCACGCAGAACGAGAAGCGAUUCAUCAUCCUCAUGAUCUCCAUGGCGUCUUUCUUCUCGCCGCUGUCCGGCCAGAUCUACUUCCCCGUCAUGCCGACGCUCGUCAAGAACUAUCAUCUGACCACCGCGCUGAUCAAUCUGACUAUCACCACGUAUAUGAUCCUGCAGGGACUGGCGCCGAGCUUCAUGGGUACCUUUGCGGACUCUGGGGGCCGGCGUCCUGCGUACAUUCUUGCUUUUGCGAUAUACACGGCGGCGAAUAUCGGCCUCGCGCUGCAGAACAGUUACGUGGCGUUGAUGAUUCUCCGGUGUGUGCAGAGCGCGGGGAGCAGCGGCACCGUGGCCUUUGGCUAUGGGGUUGUCUCGGACAUCGCCACGGCUGCGGAACGGGGCUCCUAUAUCGGUCCGAUGGCAGCGGGUGUCAUGGUGGCGCCGGCUAUUGGGCCGGUCAUUGGAGGUAUCUUGGCCAAGUUUCUCGGCUGGCGAAGCGUGUUCUGGUUUCUGGUCAUCAUCAGCGGUGGCUACCUAGUUGUAUUCACGAUUGCUGUGCCGGAGACAGCCCGGACAAUUGUGGGAGAUGGCAGUGUGCCUCCGAAGGAAUCGUGGAGGAUGUCUGUUGUCCAGUACUGGAGUGCCCGGCGCCGACUGAGGAAGAUGUCUGUGGAAGAACGCCGGGUUCAUGAGGAGCAGAGGGCCCGCCUGAACCAGCAGCAUGGGAAGAAGAAAAUCGCGUUUCCGAAUCCGCUCGAGGCAUUCGCCAUAUUGCUGGAGAAGGAUGCUCUCAUCAUCAUUUCCUAUGUCGGAUUAGCUAUGCUCUCCAACACAGCGCUGUUGACCAGCAUUCCGAACCUCUUUGGCAAACUUUAUGGCUUCAAUGACCUACAGAUCGGUCUUUGCUUCCUGCCUCUUGGGGUGAGUUCAUGUAUCGCAGCCGUGCUGAAUGGGAAACUUCUAGACUUCAACUAUCGUCGCACGGCUAGAAAGCUCGGCUUGUCCGUGGAUAAGAAGAAAGGCGAUGAUCUGCGAGGAUUCCCCAUCGAGCAAACCCGGCUGCAGACCUUUUUCCCCAUCAUGGCUGUCGGUGUGGCCGCCUUCAUCCCGUACGGCUGGGUUCUCCAACAACGCACACCAUUGGUAGCGCCGCUCAUCCUGCAAUUUAUAAUCGGAUUCUCCUUCAUCGCGUCCCUCAAUACUCUGAACACGCUCAUGGUGGACCUCUUCCCUGACCGCGCAGCCACCGCCUCUGCCGCUAGCAAUCUUGUUCGAUGCUGGCUGGGAGCCGUGGGUGCCGCCGUCGUUGACCACAUGCUCAGUGCCAUGGGAUGGGGCUGGUGCUUCGCCUUCUGGGGUCUCCUGAUGCUAGCGGGGUUCGCCCUACUGUUGCUCGAGUACCGGCAUGGCAUGAAAUGGCGGCUGGCGAGGCUGACCAAGCUCGACCAGAUCAAGGCAGCUAAGCAAGCAGAGAAGGAAGCGCAGCAGGCGGCGGAUGAAACCAACGAGGAUAAGAAAGAUGCAUAUGGACCCAAUUCUGGUCCUAAUGAUGGUUCUGCAAAAUGA